CGAUCUUCGGUAUGUCAUCAUAAUUCACUUUUAAACGAUAACGUGGAUGCUUGAGUAAUCCAUCACGUUUCUUAUAUAUUUAAAUUUAUAUAAAUAAAUAAAUGGUUGUGAUCAGAUUCUGAUCCAUCUAUGGGAGAUCGGAAUCCUUUUCCAGUAACUAUUCUGCAAGGACUGCUACGCCAUUGACGACCAAACUUCCCACCCUUCAAGGGUUUGCUCUCUGAUGCAAAUCUGACGAAGAUGGUGGACGAAAUAGGUGUAUGGAUGACCUGCCCAAUGACCAAAUAUCUUCAAGAUGAGCUCUCAAAACGAUUCAACCUCUUCAAAUCAUGGGAAAUCCCCUCCAAGGUCGACUUCUUCAACCAACACUCCCGUUCAAUCAGAGCACUUGUAGGAAACGGAAUCCAUGGAGCUGACUCCAGCUUAAUCGAGUCGCUUCCACGUCUAGAGAUCAUCUCGAGUCACAGUUCUGGUUUAAACCAGAUUGAUUUAGUAAAAUGCAAAGAAAAGGGGAUCUUCGUCACAUCCACCCCUGAUUCCUUGACCGAUGAAGUCGCUGAUUUGGCUGUAACACUUACUUUGGCGACUCUCAGAAGGAUUUGCGAAGGCGAUAAGUUCGUAAGAAAUGGAUCGUGGAAGCAACGAGACUUCAAAUUGACCACAAAAGUUAGUGGGAAAUCGGUGGGAAUAGUAGGGUUGGGAAGAAUCGGAUCAGCAAUUGCGAAGAGAUUGGAGGGGUUUGGUUGUCAAAUUAAUUACCACUCCAGAUCAAAGAAACCAAAUUCAGAAGCAAAUCAUCACAUAAUCAACCGUGAAGCCAUUGAUGCUUUAGGGCCAAAUGGGUUUCUCAUCAACAUCGCACGAGGAGCUCAUGUUGAUGAACCAGAGCUCGUUUCAGCUCUUGUUGAAGGUAGACUUGGUGGUGCAGGGCUGGAUGUGCUUGAACAUGAACCUGAGGUACCCCAGCAACUCAUUCAUCUUGAUAAUGUAGUUUUAUCACCACAUGUAGGAACUUGCACCCAUGAAACCCGCAAAGCUAUGGCUGAUCUUGUUGUCGCAAAUCUGGUGGCUUACUUCUCUAAUCAGCCAUUGUUAACCCCUGUGUGCUUUUAG